UUUUACUCACAUCUUAAGCUUAGUUCAAUAGCACAAGCAACUUACUCGGUACUUAGUAACUUACGCAUUGCCAACCGAGUUUUGUUCGAAAUCAAGAGCCACGAUGAGGCUGGCCAUCGUUCUCUUUUCCUCAACCCUCUGGCUCACGGCUAAUGCAGCAUCUGCAAGCGGAGCAGAUUACAUCCGCGCCCAUGGCGCUCAAGGAGUUAACCUCUGGAGGCUAGCCAAUCGAGAAAAAGAAAGAGCGAGCCACACCAACCGUAGACCAGCUCUUGUCGUUCAAGACAACAGCAACAGUGGCUUUAAGGCGGAUACCGAAGAACCCAACGAAUUCCCAGACCAAUGGUUCACGCAGCCCAUAGAUCAUUUUUCGAACUCGACGGACACAUUCAAGCAGCGGUACUGGAUCAAUACCCGUCAUUACACCCCAGGUUCUGGUGGCCCUGUGAUCGUUUUGGAUGGUGGUGAGACGAGUGGCGAGGACCGUAUUCCCUUCUUGGACACUGGUAUCGUUGAAAUAUUGGCCAAGGCGACAGGAGGAGUCGGAGUCGUGCUCGAGCACCGUUAUUAUGGAAAAUCUAUUCCCGUCGCAGACCUCUCUACUGACAACCUGAGAUGGUUAAACAAUGAUCAAGCUGCCGCUGAUUCGGCUCGUUUCAUGGCGAACGUGACGUUUCCUGGCAUCAGUGAGGAUCUGACAGCUCCGAAUACUCCAUGGAUAUACUAUGGUGGUUCAUAUGCCGGCGCUCGUGCAGCGCACAUGAAGAUACUAUAUCCAGAUCUUGUCUAUGGCGCUAUUGCUUCCAGCGGCGUGACGCAUGCUACGUUAUCAAACUGGGAAUAUUACGAGAUCAUUCGAAACGCCGCUGACCCAACAUGCGCUGGACAACUCGAACACGCCAGCCUGGCAAUAGACGCCCUCCUUGGCGUGCCGUAUGCGAAGCAAUAUAUCAAGUCUUUGUUUGGUCUCCAGGACCUCGCGCACGAUGACGAUUUCGUCUCCGUUUUGGAGUCUCCUCUUGGUUAUUGGCAAGCUAAAGUCUGGGACCCUGCUGUAGGGAGCACCAAAUUUGACGAAUUCUGUGCUUUCUUGGAUAAGCCUAUCCUUGGAAACGGCAGUGUUUCGUUGUUACCUGUCGGACAUGAAGAGCGUCUCGUCCACCUUCCUGGCGGCAUUAAGCUCGAUUUCUCCAUCCUGAACUACGCUCAAUACAUCAAAGAGAACUAUGUCUCAAAAUGUGACACGUCAGUCGAGGAUUGUUUCGGCACCUACGACGAUAGCAAUUUUCUGGCCACUGGUUUAGACCAGGAAUGGCGUUUGUGGCAGUUCCAGGUUUGCACAGAAUGGGGUUUCUUCUCAACCGCCCCUCCCGACCCAGCCCACCCACGUAUCGUCUCCAAGUUGUUGACAUUAGAAUACUCUUCCAAGAUUUGCAGACAGGCAUACCCGGCUGGCAAAUACUUCGUUGUGCCACCCAUGCCUAACAUCACUGCUGUGAAUGCAUUGGGUGAUUUCGCUAUUGCUGCUGACAGGCUUGCCAUCAUCGACGGCGAAGUCGACCCUUGGAGACCUUGUACUCCGCAUAGCGAUUAUGCACCUAAUCGCGAAGAUACGAUCCUCCAACCUUUUAAGAUUAUUCCAAAUGCUGUUCAUCAUUAUGAUGAGUACGGAUUGAAGAAUAUCAGCGAGGAGCCUGAAGAGAUCAGAAAGAUCCAUGAGGAGAUGAUUGUUUUUGUCACAGAGUGGUUGAAGGGUUUUAAGGCUCCAGGUUCGCGAUGAUUUCGUGUAUUUGACGACCAUUAUCAGGGGUACGAUCGAAGAUAUAUCUUGGGGAGAUGUAUAUUUCCGUCCUAUGGACGACGAUCCAAAUGAUGUAUUGGGGCAACUGAUAAGUAUGCCAAAUAGGCAUCAACUUAUCUUCCUCAUUGCUUGGAUUACAGCCAAGGUCGCAAGCCC